CACAUCAGUUUCAGGAGCAGCAGCAAUAUCUGACUUACUGGAAUCAGCUAGCCGGCAGCAGCGAAAUGGUCGAGGGUCAGUCAGCGGUUCAACAGCAGCAGCAAUCGGGCACUGGCUCGUCCAGUAGUGGCACAGGCGGCACCACGGCUGGAGCCGGUGGCGCCACCGCCGGCAACGUGGCCAACAGUCAGGCCCAGCAGAAUGGCGGCUCGGGUUCCAGUGUGGCUGCAGUAACUGCGACUGCUGCCCCGGCAGCAACGGCCAACAAUGCAGCAGCCAAUAACAAUAAUAAUAACAACAACAACACUGUAGCAACAAACAACAACAAUAAUAACAACAACAACAACGAACCGGAUCCCAAAACAAAUUUGAUAGUGAACUAUUUGCCGCAAACAAUGUCGCAGGACGAAAUACGUUCGUUGUUCGUGAGCUUCGGUGAGGUGGAGAGCUGCAAGUUGAUACGCGAUAAGGUGACAGGUCAAAGUCUGGGCUAUGGCUUCGUGAACUAUGUCAAGCAAGAGGAUGCGGAGAAGGCCAUCAAUGCACUCAACGGUCUACGUCUGCAAAACAAAACCAUAAAGGUCUCCAUUGCGCGUCCCAGCUCGGAGAGCAUUAAGGGUGCCAAUUUAUAUGUAUCGGGUCUUCCAAAGAAUAUGACACAGUCCGACUUGGAAUCAUUGUUUAGUCCAUACGGCAAGAUCAUAACUUCGCGCAUACUUUGUGAUAAUAUCACUGGUCUCUCCAAGGGCGUCGGCUUCAUACGCUUCGAUCAGCGCUUUGAGGCAGAUCGCGCCAUCAAGGAGCUAAACGGCACCACACCGAAGAAUUCCACCGAACCGAUAACCGUUAAGUUUGCCAACAAUCCGAGCAGCAACAAGAACAGCAUGCAACCGCUGGCCGCCUACAUAGCGCCACAAAAUACGCGCGGCGGACGCGCUUUUCCAGCAAAUGCAGCCGCCGGCGCCGCAGCAGCAGCAGCUGCUGCCGCCAUCCAUCCCAACGCGGGCCGUUACAGCUCUGUGAUCUCACGCUAUUCGCCGCUCACCAGUGAUUUAAUUACCAAUGGCAUGAUUCAGGGCAAUACCAUAACUAGCUCUGGUUGGUGCAUUUUCGUCUACAAUCUGGCGCCCGAAACCGAGGAGAAUGUGCUCUGGCAGCUCUUUGGGCCGUUCGGUGCUGUGCAAUCCGUAAAGGUCAUACGCGAUUUGCAGAGCAACAAGUGCAAGGGAUUUGGCUUUGUUACCAUGACCAACUACGAGGAGGCUGUGUUGGCCAUACAGUCGCUCAAUGGCUACACGCUGGGCAAUCGGGUACUUCAGGUCAGCUUCAAGACCAACAAAAAUAAGCAAACGUAAUUAUUAACCAAGUUGGCUGCUGUUGUUAAUGCCAAUGCGGCGGCAGCGGCGCUGGCUGCCAAUAGUUUGGUGCUCAAUCACAAUCACAACAACAACAACAAUUACAACCAUCAACACAACAACAACAGCAACAACAUCUGUAGCAUCAGAAACAAUAAUGCUGCCCAUCAAUUUGGCAAAUAUGCUAAUCACAACAGCAACAGCAGCAACAACAACAACAGACAUCACAACAACAGCAACCAAACUAACAAACAAAAACAGCAGACAACUUCAAGCAGCAGCAGCAGCAACAACAACAACAACAACAACAACAAGCACUCGCUGCCACUUUUGGCAGGAACAACCAAGGCAAAUGCAACUGCAACAACAGCCACUGCGAACAAUCGUCUAAGCAAUCCACCAACAAGCAGCAACAACACCGUAACAACAUUUAUAAGCAACGGCAGCAGCAGCUACAAUGGUAGCAGCAACAACAACAAUAACAGCAACAACACCUCGUCCAAUGCCACGUCCCAUGGCGAUGCCGGCGCCUGCUCAACCAGCUCUGGCAGCAUAUUGAAAACUUCCACGAAAUUCAUAUACAAUAAGCCACAAAAUCAUUUCGAGCUGCUGCAACAGCAGCUGCAGCUGCAGCAGGAAUUUGCCCAGUUCCUCACAAAUGUGGCAAACAGUGCAGCUGGGAGCGGUGCCUCUGCCACGUCCAAUCAUAACAACAGCAUUGGCAAUGCAGCCAGUGGCUCCAAUGCGGCACGCAAUGCUGCUGGCAACACGGCAUUGUUGGGCAACUCAACAGCAACAGUUGCUGGCAACAAGAACAACAACAACAACAACAACAGCAAUAACAACUAUCAAUCCUCAUUUAUGCCAUCCUGGUCAAAUUGGUUCUUCUAAAUGAUACUGAUUAGCAGCGACUGGUAAAUCCCUUUUUAUAUAUUUUCUUUAUUCAAUUACUUUUUAUCUAUAUAUAGACAUAUA